AUGAAUCACACAACUUGGUUUAUAUCCAAGAUAGAUCCGAUUAAGUAUAUUUUUGAAAAGCCUGCAUUGACCGGAAGAAUUACUCGUUGGCAGAUGCUCUUGUCCGAAUAUGACAUUGAGUAUCACACCCUGAAAGCUAUCAAAGGAAAUGUCUUGGCCGAUCAUUUAGCUCAUCAGCCAAUCGACGAUUAUAAGUCUAUAAAUUUUGAAUUCCCAGAUGAUGAUGUGAUGUGCUUAAAAUUUGAUGGGCCAGAGCCAGGUUCUCAUUGGGGUUUAAUAUUUAAUGAAGCAGUUAAUGCUUAUGGUAAUGGGAUUGAGGCAGUAGUCAUCACUCCACAUGGCUCACAUGUCCCUUUUAUUGCAAGAUUAACAUUUAAGUGCACGAACAACAUGUCGGAAUACGAAGCCUGCAUCAUAGGUCUAGAAGAAGCCAUUGAUCUAAGAAUAAAAAAUCUCGAUGUUUGUGGAGACUCAGCUCUAGUUGUCAAUCAAAUUAAAGGAGAAUGGGAAACUCGUCAACCUGGCCUAAUCCAAUACAAAGACUAUGCAAGGAGGUUAUCUACUUUCUUCAACAAGAUUGAAUUUCAUCACAUCCCUCGUGAGGAAAAUCAAAUGGCAGAUGCCUUGGCAACUUUGGCUUCCAUGAUCAUUGUGAAUCGUUGGAGACCCGCUCAUGUAUUUGUAAUGGAAGAAGUUUCUGAUGACAAGCCAUGGUACCACAACAUCAAGUUAUAUCUCCAGAGUCAAGAGUACCCACCUAGGGCAUCAAACAAAGAUAAGAAGACCUUGAGAAGACUGGCUAGUAACUUCUUUCUAAACGAAGACGUGCUAUACAAGAAAAACUUUGACAUGGUGAUGUUAGAUGAGGAGGUGUAUGUUACAGGUGUUGUUGAAGGUGUUAUCUGUGUUGAGAAGACCGAGGGGGAGAAGGAGCACAAGCGCAUGUGUGCUUAA